AUGCGAAGCUGCUUGACAUGGCGGCGUUCAAGCUCUACUCCACCGUUGCUGACCACAAGCGCCCUGAACGACUUGAACCGUGGCGUUGCGGCGCAGGAUUUGUAUGCACAAGCAGUCGAUCAGAGGGAGGCAUACAGAAAGUGGAAGGAAGGUGCAGAGUACACGCCGGUUUCCGAGUGCAGGCCACUGAUGACAGGAGAGAUACAGAUCUUGAACAGUUGGUACCGGAUGUCUGCUCGGUACAUACGAGCACACCAGCAAAUGAAAAAGACAUACCAACGUAGGCAUGCCGUGCUGAGCGUGCUUCUAUCAGGAUCUGCGCUUGCCUGUUCCACCAUCAUUUCCUCCAAAGUUAUCGCUGCAUCCUUCGCAGUGGCAGCCGCCAUCGUUGCAUGCGUGGCCAAUGCUGUGGCAAACUUUGCGCAGUUGCCCAGACUUGCUUUCACGCACCAGGAGGCGGUCACGAAGUGGCACGGAAUUUGGGAAGAGAUCCAGUCCUUGUUUGCCUGGGAUCAGGUCCCCGAUGCUGGUGCCAAGCUGGCAGAAGUUGGACGAUGUUUCGGGGAGGCCAUGACCUCCAAUCCGCAGCUGCCCCUCUAUGUCGAAAGUGCACAUGUCGAGGGUGAGGUUCAGGAGCUGUAUCCUAGUGACUGCAAGUGUCCACGGAAAGACGUGCCAUCAAAGGAUAGCAUUCCGAGCAAGUCAGACUUCUCCAGCCUUUUGCAGAUGCAGCUGCUGGUCGAGUGCAUUCGCUCGAAGGCGACGCGUCGUUCGGUGUUGUAUCAGUAUGCUGAUUUCAUGUUGGGCAUUCUGAACGCUGUGCUCUUGGUGCUCAGUGCGCUGGGCUCGGUGGCUUUGGCCUUAGACGUCGCUCACCCUUGGAUCGGGGUAGCUGUGAAGUGCGUGUCCGGAGGCGUAAGCGUCCUGGCCGCGUUUCAAAACACACUUCAGCCCAGUCAGAGAGCUCAGAAGUAUGCGUCCGCUGCCAAACAAGCGGCUGUGCUCUGUAUGACCAGCCAGCAGCUGUUACUUGCGUGUCCGCACCAGGAUGCUGCUGCAAUGAAAGUUUCCCUGCAAAAGGACAUGACCGUCCUCAUUGGGACAAUGCGGGCUGAAGGCGUGCAACACCCAGACCCAGACAAUGGUGUUGGUCAAGAUCCUGGCAGUGACAUAGCCAGUAGCAUGACACAUGAGAUCAGUCGAAGAAGUGUGGGUGCGGCUUCUAGCCGCAGCCACUAG